GUUUUUCUCAGUUGAGAGGUGUGGGGUGUAUUGGUUUAGUUUUAUAGUUGGUUUCCUGUAGUUUGUAGAGUACUCAUUUCGUAGCAGUUGGCUUAGGAGUAGACGAAGUAUCAUGUCAAGUGAAUCCGUGAAAACUUUUGCUAGUUUGGAGACCCCUGGUUAUGUUGGAUUUGCAAAUUUACCCAAUCAAGUUCAUCGGAAAUCGGUGAAGAAAGGCUUCGAAUUUACAUUAAUGGUUGUAGGGGAAUCGGGAUUAGGGAAAUCAACUCUAGUAAAUAGCCUUUUCUUGACUGAUCUUUAUCCAGAGCGUGUGGUUCCAGAUGCUGUUGAGAAGACACAUCAAACUGUUAAGUUGGAUGCAUCAACAGUGGAGAUUGAGGAACGGGGUGUGAAAUUAAGACUGACAGUGGUGGACACUCCAGGAUAUGGGGAUUCUAUUGACAAUACUGACAGUUUCCGGGCAAUCAUUCAGUAUAUAGAUGACCAGUUUGAAAGAUUCUUACGGGAUGAAAGUGGUUUAAACAGAAGAAACAUUGUUGAUAACAGAGUUCAUUGCUGUUUUUACUUCAUCUCCCCAUUUGGACAUGGCCUAAAGCCUCUUGACAUUGAGUUCAUGAAACAGUUGCACAACAAAGUGAACAUUGUCCCAGUCAUAGCAAAGGCAGAUGUCUUAACAAAAAAGGAGGUCUUAAGGCUGAAGAAAAGAGUAAUGGAGGAAAUUGAGAGCAAUGGAAUCAAGAUAUAUCCUCUCCCAGACUGUGACAGUGAUGAGGAUGAAGAUUAUAAGGAGCAGGUAAGACAAUUAAAAGAAGCAGUCCCAUUUGCCGUAUGUGGAGCCAACACAUUGUUGGAAGUACGUGGACGAAAGGUGCGUGGACGACUGUACCCUUGGGGGGUUGUUGAGGUUGAAAAUCCUGACCACUGUGACUUCAUCAAACUGCGCACCAUGCUUAUCACACAUAUGCAAGACCUGCAAGAGGUAACACAAGAGGUUCAUUAUGAAAACUACCGCUCUGAGCGACUUGCUAAAGGUGCUCCUGUACCCAAGAGGCAGACACUGUUGGCUGGAGAGGAAAAGGUAACAGUGGAGAAGGACCGCAUCCUUCAGGAGAAGGAAGCAGAGCUGCGUAGGAUGCAGGAGAUGUUGGCUCAAAUGCAGGCACAGAUGCAACAGCAGCAGCUGUAGCAUUGCCUGAACUAAAAGAUGCCAAGACAUGUUCCUCUGUGAGGUCAAUAUAUUUUUUAAUAGUCUGGUGCUCAGGAAAGACCUGCAGUGAUUGUAACAAUUUUAUAUUAUUCAGAUAGACCAUUGUAUUUAUUAUGAUGUUUCAAAUACUCUGAUUUCACAUAUCCUUGUGGCAAUUUUAUAUUUUUGUCAGCCAUAAUAUUUAACAUAUUCAGACAUCUGGCUGGAAAUCUGAUUACCCUAACAACCUGGCCAUAGCUAUAUAACAGAUUUGUGUCUAUUUGGUAGAGGAAAGGGAUUGCCGUCUGUAUUUCGCUCGUUUCUUUGUUGCACUUGGCAUUCAUGAUGGUAUAGCAGGCUGCCAUUUUGAUUUCAUCAAGUAGCAUUCUUUGUUUCAAACACAGGAUUAUCAAUAUUUCCAUCUUGUUUUAUGUAUGCUUUGUUCUCUAGCGUGAGCAAAAGACGCCUUAUGGCCCCAUCCCUGUCUGUCUGCCACAUUUUUAGGCAACCUGCAUGACUGUCAUUGUGCAACAGUAAGAACCAUGGUCCCACUGCAGCAUUGGGCCUUGUUUUUGAAACAAUUAUAUUGUGCAGUGGGAAUAAAGGUAAUAAUAAUGCCCUAUGUGAUGUGGCAUGAAAUACACCUUUGGAUUGUCAGUGUAUUCUAAAGGGUACACCUUUCCAAUCUUGUUUAACAUUCUGUUUGGCUGUUCUCUGUCAGUACCUGGUUUUAGAAUUGUCUACCAUUUUUGACAUAGAUUACAAGAACAAACCAACCAACAAACUGUGUGCCACAUCAGAAGUUUCCAACCACUGGUCUGAUUAUGUUAACAAUUUCCAUUAUAGUUUGUACUUUGUAUUUGUUUAUUGACAUGUCAUUGUUAGUGUAUGCAAUUUUUAUAGAAAUCUAAGGAAAAAGAAAAUUAUACCACAGUGUAAAUCAGUAU